UGCCUGCGUGGUGCGUGUGUGAAGGGGGGUGCGGCGCGCGGUCCCGGGGUCCCGGAGGGGAUUGCGCAGGCGCUGGGUCCCUGCGCGGCUGUCACGGUGGUCGCCGCUGGGGUCGGAGUCUGGGAAGACCGAGCCCUGCUUUACCAGCUCUCUGCCCCUCUCUGAGUGUGGACCCUAAAGGGAGAGGAAGGGAUGCCAGCUGCACGGGGGAAAUCCAAAUCCAAGGCACCUAUAACAUUUGGGGACUUAGCCAUCUACUUCUCCCAGGAGGAGUGGGAAUGGCUGAGCCCCAUUCAGAAGGAUUUGUAUGAAGAUGUCAUGUUGGAGAAUUACCGGAACCUGGUCUCGCUUGGUCUUUCCUUUCGGAGACCAAAUGUGAUCACCUUAUUGGAGAAAGGGAAAGCGCCCUGGAUGGUAGAGCCAGUAAGAAGACGCCGGGCUCCUGACUCAGGGUCUAAGUGUGAGACCAAGAAGUUACCUCCAAAUCAAUGCAGCAAAUCUGGGCAAAGCAUCUGCCAGAAACUAGUUUCUGCACAACCAAAAGCUCCUACAGGAAAGAGUGGCUGCAACAAAAAUUCAGUCCUAAUAAAGGCUAAGAAAGGGCAUUCCGGGAAGAAACCUUUAAAAUGUAAUGACUGUGGUAAAACCUUUAGUCGAAGCUUCUCUCUUAAACUUCAUCAGAACAUUCAUACUGGAGAGAAGCCUUUUGAAUGCAGUAAUUGUAGAAAAGCUUUCAGACAGAUCUCAUCCCUCGUACUUCAUCAGAGAAUUCACAGUGGAAAGAAAAGCCAUGAAUGCGAUAAAUGUGGGGAAAGCUUCACUCAAAGAACAACCCUUAUUCUACAUAGGAGAAUUCAUGAUGGAAAGGAAAUUCUUGACUGUGAGAAGGCCUUGAGUCAAUGUCAGUCUUUCAAUAUACAUCAGAAAAUUCACAUUGUUGGGAAUGUCUGCCAGUGCAAAACGUGCGGGAAAGCCUUCAGUCAGAUGUCAUCCCUUUUACUUCAUAAAAGAAUUCACAAUGGAAAGAAAACACAUAAAUAUAAUAAAUGUGGGAGAGGCUUCAAAAAGAAAUCAGCCCUUGUUAUACAUAAAAGAAUUCAUGCUGGAGAGAAAAUCCCUGAAAAUGUGAAGGCCUUAAGUCAGAGUCUACAGCAAAGAAAUCACCAUUUAGAGAAUCCUUAUAAAUGCAGAAAAUGUGGGAAAUUCUUUAAUCGGAUUUCACCCCUGAUGCUUCACCAGAGAAUUCACACUUCAGAGAAACCAUACAAAUGUGAUAAAUGUAACAAGCUCUUCAGGCGGCUUUCAACCCUUAUUCUGCAUCUAAGAAUUCAUAAUGGAGAAAAUCUAUACAGAUGCAAUAAAUGUGAGAAGGUCUGCAAUCGGCAUUCAUCCCUUAUUCAACAUCAGAAAGUUCAUACAAAGAAAAAGAAACUAUUUGAGUGUAAGGAAUGUGGGAAGAUGUUUUCUGGAACUGCAAACCUUAAAAUACAUCAGAACAUUCAUUCUGAAGAGAAACCUUUCAAAUGCAAUAAAUGUAGUAAAGUUUUCGGCCGCCAGUCAUUUCUUAUUGAACAUCAAAGAAUUCAUACUGGAGAAAAACCCUACCAGUGCGAGGAAUGUGGAAAAGCCUUCAGCCAUCGAAUCUCUCUCACACGACAUAAGAGAAUUCAUACUGAAGAUAGACCCUACGAAUGUGAUCAGUGUGGGAAGGCCUUCAGCCAGAGUGCACACCUUGCCCAACAUGAAAGAAUUCACACUGGAGAGAAGCCAUAUACAUGCAAAACAUGUGGUAAGGCCUUUAGUCAGCGCACAUCUCUUAUUCUACAUGAAAGAAGUCAUACUGGAGAGAAACCCUAUGAAUGUAAUGAAUGUGGGAAGGCCUUUAGCAGUGGCUCCGACCUUAUUCGACAUCAGAGGAGUCAUUCUUCAGAGAAACCCUAUGAAUGUAGUAAAUGUGGGAAGGCAUAUAGUCGGAGCUCAUCCCUGAUUCGACAUCAGAAUACACAUUCUGAAGAAAAAGCCUAAGGUUGUUUUAAAUCUAUAAAAUCAACGAAUGAGGCUAUCAGAGAUACGGCAAAUAGGUAUUUGUCUGUAAUGUAAAUUUUGUGUAUAUGGGACCAUUUGAUGAUAUGUCCCACUUUGAAAGCCAAAGAGCAAAAGUCAUUGGUGAUUUUGACCUCAGGAUUUGAAAUUAACUGAAGGAAACUCAGAAGUUUGGUCAGCCAUUGGAAAUGAAGAUCAUUUUUUAUUUGAUAGGAAUGACUGGCUGGGCACGGUGGCUCACACCUGUAACUCCAGCACUUUGGGAGGCUGAGACAGGCGGAUCAUGAGGUCAAGAGUUUGAGACCAGUCUGGCCAACAUAGUGAAACCCCAUCUCUAAUGAAAAAUACAAAAUUACCUGGGCGUGGUGCGCACCUGUAAUCUCAGCUACUGGAGAGGCUGAGGCAGGAGAAUCACUUGAACCUAGUAGGUGGAGGUUGCAGUGAGCAGAGAUUGUGCCACUGCACUCCAGACUGGGCAACACAGCAAGACUCUGUGUCAAAAAAAAAAAAAAAAAAAAAAGACUGAUAUUUUACUUCCAGCAUAGUUUUAAAGAUAAUUCAUUGGUCACAUACAACAAAGUAUAAUUCUGAAGUCUAUUGUGGGGCUCUGAGUCUGGUUUAAGGUCACAGAAGAAAGAAUUUGAGUCCGUUUCUCAGAUCUAGAACUAUCAAAUAUCAGGAACUUCUUGGCAAAACAGGGUGCCACUUUCAACUGACAAACUUGUGGGUGAGAAUAAAGAAAAGUGAGUCUUUAGGUAGAUAAAAGCAUCAUUCACUCAUAAUGGUGUGUAACAGUAGAAACCUUAUUGUACCAUCUCCAUGGAUAUGAGAAUAUAUGAUCUUCAUGGUGUGAACAUCUAACAUGGCUGAGACAAGCUAUCAGUAAAAGAACCAAGAUACAGUGAAGAAUGAGGAUUUCAGAGCCAGGAGAAAUCAGUAUUGUUUUAUUUGGAAAUAAAUCAUCUAUAUUUAUAUGAAUAAACAUUGGUAUUUUCAUGUAACAAUACUGGUAUGCAAUAAGUGGUGAAAUAUGAGUUGUUAUGGACUGAAUGUUUUUGUCCCCCCCCCAAAAAAAAUUCAUAAUGUUAAAAUCCUCACCAUCAAUGUGAUGUACUUGGAAAUGAGGCAUUUGGGAGGCAAUUAGAAUUAGAUGAGGUCAUGAGGGUGGAGCCCUCAUGAUGGGAUUAGUGCCUUUAUAAGAAGAGACAUUGGGCCGGGCACGGUGGCUCAUACCUGUAAUCCCAGCACUUUGGGAGGCCAAGGCGGGCGGAUCACGAGGUCAGGAUUUCAAGACCAGCCUGGCCAAUAUGGUGAAACCCCGUCUCUACUAAAAAUACAAAAAUUAGCCGGGCAUGGUGGCAUGUGCCUGUAGUCCCAGCUACUCAGGAGGCAGAGGGAGAAGAAUCGCUUGAACCCAGGAGGCAGAAGUUGCAGUGAGCCAAGAUCAUGCCACUGCACUCCAGCCUGGGUGACAGAGCGAGACUGUGUCUCAAAAACAAACAAAAAAAGACAUCAGAAAGCCUGCUUCCUCUCUGCAUCAUGUGAGGAUGCAGCAAGAAGCCAGCUGUCUACAGAACAGGAAGAGAGCCCUAACCAGAACCUAACCAUGCUGGCCACCUGUUCUCAGACUUCCAGGCUUCAGAACGGUGAGAAGUAAAUUGUUGUUUAAGCCACCCAGUCUAUGAUGUUUUGUAAUGGCAGCCCAAACUAAUAUAUGGAGUGGAAACCCUAGAUUUAUAUAGUGGGUUCUUUUCCUGUCAGCAGUUCAACAUGUGUAGUAACUUUCAGUCUCUGCUGUUUGUGCCAAAUAUAUAAGAAAUAGAGAACUUUUUAUAAUUGGAUCAUA